AUGAGUGUAUAUGGCAUUUAUGUGAUAAGUGAAUCUGGUUCACUACAGUUUUAUUAUGAUCAUUCUGAUGUUAACGUGGAAGUAGAAAAGAAAUACGAUUUCCCACUCUCGUUCCAUUUCAAAGCUAUGGAUGGUCGUAUUGUCGUGGAUUUUGGUGCAUGUGACGAUGUAAAGAUAGGGUAUACUGUGAUAUCUGUUGACGGCAUUACAGCUAAAGGCACAUCUCUGGAAGAUAACAGGGAUAUUUUGAAGUUUUUUCAGAUAAAGACAACUUUCCACUGA